UGUGCCUAGGCAGCCUUGUUGGCAGUCGGGGCUUUGAGGUUUGGGUGUCCUGAGGGUGCUGGCAGCCGGGGCGGAUGGCGCAGGGUUGGGCUGGCUUCUCUGAGGAGGAGCUGAGGCGACUAAAGCAGAAUAAAGAUCCAUUUGAACCACAGCGGCGUCUCCCUAUGAAGAAAAGCCGACAACAACUUCAGCGAGAAAAAGCCCUUCAAGAGCAAAGCCAAAAACUUGGACUUCAUGAUGGAUCAACUUCGUUACCUCCAGAGCAGCUGCUUUCUGCACCGAAACAGAAGCUUAACACUCAAAAACCGCGCUGUCCCCCUACUCCUCCUAGUCCUCUUGUGCUCACCUCUCCUGUUGGGGAUGGAAAACCACAUGGUACUGAAAGUCAACCAAGGGAACUGGGACUCCAGAAUUCCCAUGAUGGUCACAAAAGUGCUGAGGUUCUACCUCCAAAGCCAGAUGGCAAAUUGGAGAAAAAGAAAGUGGAAUUGCAAGAAAAGUCUCGUUGGGAAGUUCUUCAACAAGAACAACGACUAAUGGAAGAGAAAAAUAAACGUAAGAAAGCUCUUUUGGCUAAAGCUAUUGCAGAAAGAUCUAAAAGAACUCAGGCAGAGACCAUGAAACUAAAGCGGAUCCAGAAGGAGUUACAGGCUUUAGAUGACAUGGUGUCAACUGACAUUGGAAUCCUCAGGAACCGGAUUGAUCAGGCCAGCCUCGAUUAUUCAUAUGCUCGGAAGCGGUUUGACAGGGCUGAAGCCGAGUAUGUUACAGCAAAGCUUGAUCUACAGCGUAAGACUGAGAUUAAAGAGCAACUGACUGAGCACCUUUGUACGAUCAUACAGCAAAAUGAGCUCCGCAAGGCCAAGAAGUUGGAGGAGUUGAUGCAGCAACUGGAUGUACAAGCUGAUGAGGAGACUUUGGAGCUUGAGGUGGAGGUGGAGAGAUUGCUGCACGAACAAGAAGCAGAGGCAAGGAAACAAACGGUUCAUUUAGAGAGGCCACUUCAGCCUUCUGGGGAGCAUGUGACAUUAGGACUUGCUAAAGACAACAAAACGCAUCCAGAACAAGCUGCUUCCCCAAAGGUAGAUGAGCAAUGUGAAAACUCCAAUAGCAUUCCCGAUCUUAAUCCAGACCACCCAAAUCGAGACGUUACAACGACUGUAAAUGACAUUUCAGCUGCUCCGACCGUGUGAAGUGCCAGUGUUUGUUCUUUUCAACUAAUAAGGUAUUCAGUAAAGUAAACUUUCUAUUGUAGAUUAUGCCGUGACCUCUGAUAAUAAAUGCCUCUUUAAAACAGCAUUAAUCUUUGAAUCCAUGAUUAGUUUUAGUAUAACAUGUUUGACCAUUCUAAAGUCUCAAAUUAUGAUAAUUUUAUAUACAGUUCACCUUGAUUUUGUUCCACUUCCUUCCGUGUACCUUUAUUACUAGAUGCAAACAAGUAACUUAAAAGAAUGGAAGAAAAACUAUGUGGCUGAGAGUGUUUUUAGACCAGAUAAACAUAGAAAAGUAAAAGCAAAAACAAUACUCAGUAACUAAUCAAACUCAAUUUAACUUCUGGGAGAAGUGUUGAGAAUGAGACUCCUGUUUUAUGUAAUCAGUAAAGAGACUCAAAAAUUAAUGUGGAAGGGAGACAGAACAAGAAAUAACUGACAAAAGUAGUAGGCUGAAUUAUCUAUUUGGAUCUUACUAAAGUUACAAAACGCGAUUGGAAAUUACAGUUUAUAUAAAGAACAAGGCAGCUUAAGCCAGCAGUACUUCUGUCUUCAGUGAGGCUUUUAAAAGGCUUCACUGGGCACCUGUCUUCAGUGAGCCUGAAAAGGCUUCAAUUUACAACGCGAGUUUUGGUUAGAUGAUACACACAAACACACACACUAUUUUACUAUUAAUAUAUUGUCUUUUAUCAGCACAUUAAUUAGAUUUAGACAAUGAAAACAUUUCUACAGUGAGGCUGAAAAUAAUACAGAAAACCUUAUUGCUAUUUUUGAUUAUCCAAAAAAUUGAUAUAUUUUUUUCUAAAGUUAUUGUAAAUAUGUAUUUUAUAUGUUGGAUAUAAAUUAUCCUUGUCAUAAAGCAUUUAAAUUGUUAAAAUGAUAAUUUUCUUAUUACUUUAAUAGUUUGGUAAUUACCAUCACUACUACUUGACCACUACAUUGUGCUAAAUGUGAAUGUGUAAAUAAAUAUUGUAGUUUUAUCAAAAAGUCUAUGAAUAUUACAUUAAAUUAUGGUCCAUUUAUCAGGAAUGCUGAAAGUACAAAUACUGCAUUUAAAGUCUUAAACUAUUAUAAAAGAGGAUAAAAACAAAUGUAAUAUUGUAUUCAUAAUAGUUUCUGAAAAAGUUGGAGACAGCCUAUUUUUAAAUGAGUUUGUUUGAGGGUAUUAUCUUCUAGUGAUGCAGAUGAGCUUUGUAUUUUUAUGUUGUAUCAUUUGAGUUGAGAUUAUAGCUUUCCAUUACUGACUUCUCUAAACAGAGGCAUUUCUGUCGAUAGUUGUGUUUUUAUUUAUGAAUGACAUACAUAAAAAUUGAAAGCUUCAUUGUCAGUACACUCAUUUUUCUAAGGAAUAAACCAGUCUCAUGCAUUUAUAA